GUCUCCGCAGCUGUGGCUGUGAUCAGUGCGCACGGAGGAGCCACAGCAGAGCGCGCGGGCUACAAUGAUCUUCUCCAUCGCUCCGACUGAGAGCCAGCGACAGAACCGAGCCCAGAACCGCAGUCACGACACCGUCCACGCCCGCAGCGCCAGCACCGAGCCGAACCGACACCAGCCCCGCCCGCCCGCAGCAGGAUGCCCGGGGGAAAGAGAGGGCUCGUGGCACCGCAGAACACUUUCCUGGAGAACAUCGUCCGGAGAUCGAGCGAGACCAGCUUCCUCCUGGGAAACGCCCAGAUCGUGGAGUGGCCUGUCGUUUACAGCAAUGACGGAUUCUGCAAACUGUCGGGCUUCCACCGAGCUGAGGUCAUGCAGAAGAGCAGCACAUGCAGUUUUAUGUACGGAGAACUGACGGACAAGAAGACCAUCGACAAAGUCCGCCAGACGUUUGACAACUACGAGUCCAACUGCUUUGAAGUCCUGCUGUACAGAAAGAACCGAAGUCCAGUGUGGUUCUACAUGCAAGUGGCUCCCAUCAGGAACGAGAACGACAAGGUGGUUCUGUUCCUCUGCACGUUCAAGGACAUCACGCUCUUCAAACAGCCCAUUGAGGACGAGACGACCAAAGGAUGGACCAAGUUUGCGCGGCUGACGCGAGCGCUCACCAACAACCGCAACACGCUGCAGCAGCUGGCGCCCAUCGGCAAACACGAAGUCAGCCACAAGCAGUCGAGACUCGCAGAGGUUUUGCAGCUGAACUCUGACAUUCUGCCUCAGUACAAGCAGGAGGCGCCGAAGACGCCGCCUCACAUCAUCCUCCACUACUGCACCUUCAAGACCACGUGGGACUGGGUCAUCCUCAUCCUCACCUUCUACACGGCCAUUAUGGUGCCCUACAACGUCUCCUUCAAAACCAAGCAGAACAACAUCGUGUGGCUGGUGCUGGACAGUGUGGUGGACGUCAUCUUCCUGGUGGACAUCGUCCUCAACUUCCACACCACCUUCGUGGGACCCGGCGGGGAGGUCAUCUCCGACCCCAAGCUCAUCCGCAUGAACUACCUGAAGACGUGGUUCGUCAUCGACCUGCUGUCCUGCCUGCCCUAUGACAUCAUCAAUGCCUUCGAGAACGUCGAUGAGGGCAUCAGCAGUCUGUUCAGCUCUCUGAAGGUCGUCCGUCUGCUGCGUCUGGGCCGCGUGGCCAGGAAACUGGAUCACUACCUGGAGUACGGUGCUGCCGUUCUGGUGCUGCUGGUCUGUGUGUUUGGACUGGUGGCUCACUGGCUCGCCUGCAUCUGGUACAGCAUCGGAGACUACGAGGUCAUCGACGAGGCCACCAACACCAUUAAAAUGGACAGCUGGCUCUACCAGCUGGCCAACAGCAUCGGCUCGCCGUACCGCUACAACGCCAGCGGCUCGGGUCAGUGGGAGGGCGGACCCGGCAAGGACUCGCUCUACAUCACGUCGCUGUACUUCACCAUGACCAGCCUGACCACCAUCGGCUUCGGCAACAUCGCCCCGACCACGGACGGCGAGAAGAUCUUCUCCGUGGCCAUGAUGAUGGUGGGAUCUCUCCUCUACGCCACCAUCUUUGGAAACGUGACCACUAUCUUCCAGCAGAUGUACGCGAACACCAACCGCUACCACGAGAUGCUCAACAACGUGCGGGACUUCCUGAAACUCUACCAGGUUCCUAAAGGCCUGAGCGAGCGGGUGAUGGACUACAUCGUCUCCACCUGGUCCAUGUCCAAAGGCAUCGACACGGAGAAGGUUUUAUCCAUUUGUCCUAAGGACAUGAGAGCCGACAUCUGUGUCCACCUCAACAGGAAGGUCUUCAACGAGCACCCUGCGUUCCGUUUAGCGAGCGACGGCUGCCUGCGCUCGCUGGCCGUGGAGUUCCAGACCAUCCACUGCGCUCCGGGAGACCUGAUCUUCCACGCCGGCGAGAGCGUGGACACGCUGUGCUUCGUGGUGUCGGGGUCACUGGAGGUCAUCCAGGACGACGAGGUCAUCGCCAUCUUAGGUAAAGGCGACGUGUUCGGUGACGUCUUCUGGAAGGAGACCACGCUCGCGCACGCGUGCGCUAACGUCCGAGCGCUGACCUACUGCGACCUCCACGUCAUCAAGAGAGAAGCUCUGCUCAAGGUCCUGGAGUUUUACACGGCGUUCGCCAACUCCUUCUCACGCAACCUCAUCCUCACCUGCAACCUGCGCAAGCGCAUAAUUUUCCGCAAGAUCAGUGAGGUGAAGAAGGAGGAGGAGGAGCGGCAGCGCGCCAAGAACGAGGUGCAGCUCACCAUCCCGCAGGACCACCCGGUGCGCAAGCUCUUCCAGAAGUUCAAGCAGCAGAAGGAGCUCCGCAGCCAGGGGGCGCCGUCCGGCGCUCAGCUGGACCUGGAGAAGAACCAGCUGCAGGUGGAGCAGCAGCAGCAGCAGCAGCAGCAGCAGCAGCAGCAGCUGCACCCGCGCAGCCUCCAGCUCAGUCACUCCAGCCUGCAGCACUCGCUGCCACUCAGCCUGCAGAGGGCGCACUGCUCGUCCCUGCAGAACGGAGCUCCGCCCUGCGGCAGCAGCGUGCUCACCGUGUCCCAGGUCACGCCCAUGCAGAGCUCGCUGGCGUACGGUCACGCCUCCUCCGCUGCCGUCGAGCCCGCGGCCAAACAGAACAACUGUGACAUCAUGGAGCUGCAGCCCAGCUCUGCGGUCGAGCACGCCCCGCGGCCGAAGGUCAGCAGCAGCCCCGCGCUCGCCAGGCCGGCCGCCAGAGCCAGCGCCUGGAUGCGCCUGAAGAACAACAUGGCCCCCGUGGAGGCCAGGAAGGAGGGGCUCAACAACAGCGUGAAGGCCGUUUCCGUGGAGAUGCUCUCGCAGGAGGGCAAAGGUCAGGAGGCGAGGAGGGGCGGGGACGUGGAGGAGGGCGUGGCGUCGAGCAGCAACCCGCUCCGGAAGACGGACUCGUGCGACAGCGGCAUCACCAAGAGCGAGCUGCGCAUCGACCGCGCGGGCGAGGCGCGCACGCCGGCCGCCGUCACGCCGCUGCUCCACAGUCCCCUCCCCUCCGGAGGGGCGGGGUCCCCUCACCCGUUCUGCCCCAUCCCGGAGCAGGCCCUGCAGGCGGCGCUGCACGAGACGCGGCUGGAGCUGAGGGACGACAUCCAGACCCUGGGAGGACGACUGGGGGCGCUGGAGAGUCAGGUGGCAGAAAUCAUCAAACUGCUGUCGGAGAAGAGGACACCGUCCGCGGGGCCGGCGUCCAACACCUCCACCACCGCCGUCGCCGCCGCCGCCACCACGCCCAAAACCAAAAUCCAACGUCAGGACAUUUUCACCGUGUCCAGGCCGGUGUCUCCAGACUCAGAGAAGGACGAGACGCUCUGAAGACAGCUGCACCAGCGGACGCUCGCGCCGCUGGAGAGACGCAACCAAACUGUCUCCUUUAACAUUUGCACACGGACUCUGACGUCCCGGGUCCCGUGAGCGUGGACACGCGGCGGUGACGGCGGGUCUUUUCUGAUUGUACAUACCUCUCUAUGCAUGUCCAGCUGGAUUCUGGUCUGCCAAAGAAACGACGUCUGAUGUGAUCUGCCUGUAUAUGAUGCAGUUGACUGCAUGCACGUCCAGUUUAAAGAGACAUUUUAUGGAGCUAAAACUGUACAUACCAAUAUUUUUCAUUGAUAAUUUACUAUGUGGACAUUCAGGGUUUGCAUAUUAGUAGCACUAUAAACGCUGGAGUGAUGAGGUCGGCGGUUUUUCUGAAGUGUGUUUGUGUGACGAGGCGACGCACGGUUAAAAAAUCUACUGCAUCACUUUAAAGGAUAAGUUCACGUCUUUAUCUCACUGUUAGACAAAGAUCUCCAACAGGAAACUGAAGU